AUGGUGGAUGUGGCUCUAAGGGGUGAGAAUGGCGGAGUAUUAAAAUGGAUGCUUUGUUUCACCCUCCUCACCUUACUUUGCUGUGGCUUCACCAGUGCAGAAGUCUUCCUGGCACGUUCUUCAUCCUUUUCCGGCGAGUAUGGCGGGGGCGGCGGAAAACGCUUCUCACACUCUGGGAACCAGCUGGACGGACCCAUAACAGCCAUUAGGGUUCGAGCUAGCCGCUCUUACAUUACAGGUAUCCAGGUCCGUUAUGGCAAAGAGUGGAGCGAGUACCAGGGAGGCUCAGCUGGAGACCUAGAGGAGAUCUUCCUGCAGCCAGGCGAAUCCAUCAUCCGGGUCCAGGGGACAUACAGGAGCUACCUCCGCAAACUCGUGUUUAUUACUGACAAAGGGCGCAACCUUCCCUUUGGGAAGGGCACAGGCACCAGAUUUAAUGCUGCUCCAAUGUACCCUGGCACCGUCUUGCGUUACAUCAGUGGCAGCUCCAGUUCAGUCAUUGAUGCCAUUAGUUUCCACUGGGAUAACUACCCCAGUAGCUGCCCCAGUUGUGGAAAGUGAGCAUAAAAUAGUGAGAGACAAGGUACUUAAUUAAAACAAGAAGAGGCACCUCAGUGUAAAGUCUUUGGCUUCACCCCGAUGUGGCCACCAUAUCCACCCAUUCAAUGAACGUUCUAGUCCAUUCCCCCCAAAGUCGCCUUCUUUUGUAGUUCAGUUAAGCCAAUCCACAUCUUGCCUCAGUCCUGGUCCACUUCUUCUAAGCUUUGUCUCUUCUCAAAUGGCCACCGCUACCACUGCUAGCAAAUAAAAGCAAAUUUUGA